AUGGUUUUGUUUGUCUAUCUGAGCGCUGUUGUUCCUCGACUCAUUUUUGUGUUUCACACCGUGUUAGCAAUUUGGCGAGUAACUUUAGUGAAAGAAAAUCCCAUGUACUGGCUUCUGUUGCUUUUGAUUUUACUGAUGCUUGUCGAGAUGAUAGUGACUCUAACCAUCCAGAAAGGGAAAGAGUACAAAGGAUUUUCUCCAGCACUGUUUUUUUAUCUAAUCAAUAUAAUACCUCCAGUGUGGCUCCUUGAACUGUAUCAGCUUGAAAAACAGAUACACACCGCAGACUGCAGUUCAAUGAAUUCCUCUAUUAAGUGCACGCCUAUUUUUGAUGAAUCAUUUGGUGCAUUUAGUGUACUCCGAAGCGAGUUAGCAUCUUAUUACUACAGCACUUCAUCUUCCAAAAAAGCAUUGAAUACAAAGCAACGGUCCAGCAAGCUCACCAAAUCCAGCUUAGGAGGCGGUGACAACAGUGGUCACUGCCAACGCUGCAUAGAAGAGGUCAGUCACCCAGUGCAGAAAGAAGAUGAAUGUUCUCAUUCGUGCCAUCAAGGACAAGAUUGCACACAAUGGCAGAGAAAGUUCCCAGACCCAGGGGUGGAGUGCCGGAACUCAAGGUCCUCUCGGUUUGAAAACCGAGCUAUUGAGCUGGCCAGAGAGGACACAGACUGUGCCUGCGGCAAUGUUGAUAUAAUUGUGGGCCUUGGCAAAAAGGGCAUCUGUCACGUCAUGUAUGCAUCUAUUCCACAAGCUACAAAAGAGUUUUGCAGUUGUCUGUCUAUUGCUCAUCUUGUGAUUCGUACAUAUGUUACCGUACUACUUGAGAUGUUCAUCAUUACCUCCAUCAAAGAAACUGAAUGUGAGGUGACCACACUGGAAGCAAUAAUCUGGUUAUGGGUUAACCUGAACAUUAUAAAGGCAUUCUGGAAUUGCACGUUGUAUUUUCCUAUCAGGGAUUUUCUGCAUUUUACCCCUUCAACUGAACAAUUCAUCAACAAUGCUUCAACUGAAGAACCACCUAAGCAAAGUCCAAGAAGUUCCAGUAAUUCAAUCAAUUUGGUCAUCAACUGGACUACCACACUUGAUUGGACACUUGGCUUUCACCAGACUCUCAUGAUUCUGCUCAUAAUAGGGAAAUGGAUACUUCCAAUGGGCGUUGGCAUUAACCGAGACCAAUUAUCCCAGCUCCUCCUUACGUUUGUGGGAAUUGCUGCUGAUAUACUGGAGUUUAAGAGUGAAACCCUGUCAGAGAAGGGGGUCAGAUGCCAUCCUGAGCUGGUAUAUGCCAUUCUAGCUAUUUGGACAUGGAGUAUGUUGCAGUUUCCCUUGGACCUUACAGUGCUGCAGAAAACAGAAGGACCACUUCCAAAUGGGGACACACCAGGGCAUAAAGCACAGCUAUACAAAUACAGUGCAGACCUCUGGAAUAUCACCAUAAGUGUAUUGAUACAAGAUGGGCCCUUCUUCAUUUUCCGAUUGUUCCUAAUGUUCCAUCAAGAGAUUGUUCACCAGAUGUUGUUGUUCUUCACAAUCAAGAAUGCUUUGGUCCUGACACUACAGAUUUACCGGUUGGCCUUGAUAUAUUUGGAAAUACGGCAGUUGUGUCAGAAGAGGCAAGAGACAACCACUGAGGCCAAUGUCUCCACAUGUACCACUGAGAUGGAUGAUAUUGCUGAGUAGCUGUGCCACUGCUUAGGAAUGAGGAUUGGGAUAGGGUGGAAGCAUUUGAAUUCACACCCUCAUUACUGCCCUGGGAAUGUCAGUGUAGAUUUUGUGCUCAGGUCUUUGGAGUGUGGCUUGAAUCCACAAUCUUCUGACUUCAGUAGGAAUGUAUUAUAUAUUUUGACAGGGCCCUCAACUGUGUCCGGCCCAUCUCCUGCGCAUCCGCCCUCACACCUUCC